AGCUGACAGGAAGGGACCUCAUUCUUUGUACGGCACUGGUCGCUGUCGGAGGUUCUCCUUAACAGAGAGACGCGAGAGAGACGCGUCACAAGAGGCGUCUACACGACGGUUGCCUCUCUCUCCCAUAUAUUUUUCAUCUAGUGAUCGGCACGCGAGAUCAAAUGUGUCUUGGAUCAUCGGUUUUCGAUUGAUCUAUUUAUUUUGUUCGAUUAUAAUUGUGGAUCCAGCCGUCUAUCUGCUCAUGGCACAAGACACAUUCUUGAGGGAGGCACAUCGAGUUAGAUUAAAUCGGAUUUAAAAAUUUAAACGUCUAAAGAAGAGGAAAGAAAAUGUCUCAAAUAUCAGUUCAAGCAAUUUUGCCAAUAUUGUUAUUUGCAAUAACAAUUGUAUUAAAUUCAGCUGAUCCGCAAUAUUCCAGAGAAAGACCUGUACAUAGAGGUCCAGCACGAAAAAGGCAUCCUUGCGAGCAGAGUUCAUGUUAUCCCUCAACAGGAAAUCUAUUAAUCGGUCGAAAAGAUCGAUUGAAUGCGUCUUCUACUUGUGGACUUAAGGGACCAGAAAGAUACUGUAUCGUUUCGCAUUUGAAGGAUCGAAAAAAGUGUUUCUUUUGCGAUGCAUCGAUGCCGAAGCAACAGCACAAUAUUGAAAAUAUUGUUACUGAUUGGUCCAAAAAUUGGUGGCAAGCGGAAAAUGGGGUAGAAAAUGUUACGAUACGCUUCGAUCUCGAAGCUGAAUUUCAUUUCACCCAUAUCAUUAUCCGCUUCAAGACAUUUAGACCUGCGUCAAUGUUAAUUGAGAGAUCGUACGAUUUUGGUAAAACAUGGCAAGUAUAUCGAUAUUUCGCGCAUAAUUGCGAACAGUAUUUCCCACAUGCUUCUACGGGACCACCUCAAAAAUUGACAGAUGUUAUUUGCGAAUCGAGAUAUUCCGGUGUGGCGCCAUCUACAGGGGGCGAUGUUAUCUUCAGAGUUUUGCCCCAAAACUUAGAGAUAGACAAUCCUUAUUCGAAAGAAGUACAGAAUCUCUUAAAAAUCACCAACCUCCGCAUAAAUAUGACCAGACUACAUACAUUAGGGGACGAUCUUCUCGAUAAUCGCGCUGAAAUUCGAGAAAAAUACUAUUAUGCAAUUCAAAACAUGGUGAUCCGUGGAUCCUGUUCCUGCUACGGCCAUGCGUCUAGAUGUCUUCCACUUCCUGGAGUUGCUAAUGAAGAAAACAUGGUGCACGGCAGAUGCGAGUGCACUCAUAAUACCACAGGAUUAAAUUGUGAAAAGUGUCAAGAUUUCUACAACGAUCUUCCCUGGAAACCUGCAGUUGGGAAACAGACAAAUGCUUGUAGACCUUGCAAUUGUAAUAAUCAUACGAAUUCUUGUCAUUUCGAUGAAACUGUCUACGAAAGAUCUGGAAGAGUUUCUGGUGGUGUUUGUGACGAUUGUCAACACAAUACCAGAGGCCAAAACUGCGAAUUGUGCAAACCAUUUUAUUAUCAUGAUGUCACAAAAGAUAUAUCUCAUUUCGAAGCAUGUCUGCCUUGUGAUUGUGAUCUUGGUGGUUCUUUGGAUGAUGGUAUAUGUGAUUCAAGAACCGAUCUUCUCAGUGGAGAUGAAUCUGGGCGUUGCCAUUGUAAAGUAAACGUGGAAGGUCGUCGUUGUAAUCGUUGUAAAUAUGGUUAUUGGAACUUUGAUCCUGAAAAUCCUGAGGGAUGUCAAGCAUGUACCUGUAAUAUUCUGGGCACUAUCGACAAUCGUGGAUGUAAUAUGGUCACUGGCGAAUGUACUUGUAAACGUUUCGUCACUGCUCGUGAUUGUAACCAAUGUCUCCCAGAAUUUUGGGGUCUCUCGGAAGAUCCGGAUGGUUGUAAACCUUGUGAUUGCGAUCCCGGUGGUUCCUACGAGAAUUCUUGUGAUGUGAUCACUGGUCAGUGUCGUUGCAGACCUCACGUUAGUGGCAGAACUUGUAAUCAAGCCGAACAAAGUUACUAUACUGGAUCAUUGGACUUUUUGAUUUACGAGGGUGAAUUAUCGAGAGCUACUGAUAACUGCCAAGUAGUGAUCAGAGAACCUUAUCGCGAUGGAAGAAACAGUACUUGGACUGGUACCGGAUUUAUGAAAGCACUUGAGGGCUCAAUCUUAAAUUUCACGAUUGAUGAUAUUCGUAAGAGUUUAUGGUACGAUAUUAUCGUACGAUAUGAACCAAUUCAGGUAGGAUCCUGGGAAAAUGUUCAAAUAAUCAUUGAAAGAGACGGUCCAGUGGAUCCUAAUGGUCCUUGUGCUGAAUGGAGACCGGACUAUGACCAAUUAUAUGCGCAACUUCCUUUAAGAUCGAGAAGCGUUGUUGUACAACCAUCUAUUUGCUUGGAAGCAGGAAAACGAUACAAUAUCUUAUUGCAAUUUCGUAAAUUUAACAAUCAUAUCGAUACACCUUCUGCUUCCAUCUUGGUUGAUUCUAUUGUUCUGAGACCGAGAAUAGAUGCUAUUCCUUUUUUCAAAACUUCUGGAAUUGGCGAACUUCGUCGACAAGAAUAUGAAAGAUAUCAUUGUAGUGAAUUCUUUAAUGAUAUUAACACAGAGUGGAAUAAUAUUCCGGAAAUUUGUAGACAAUAUCAAAACAGUAUUGGUUAUUAUGUUUACGAUGGUGCACAUUCUUGUGAAUGUAAUCCAACUGGAUCCCACAGUUUGCUCUGUGAGAGUUACGGAGGUAUUUGUCCGUGUAAACCAAACGUCGUUGGCAGACGCUGCAAUCGUUGCGCGCCUGGAACUUAUGGUUUUGGCCCAGAGGGUUGUAUACCUUGUGAUUGCGAUGGUGUAGGAGCAUUGGACAAUUUCUGCGAUGUUGAAACAGGACGAUGCAAGUGUCGACCGAAUACCUAUGGAAGAACGUGUGGUCAAUGUGAACCUGGCUUUUGGAACUUUCCUCAUUGUCAACGAUGCGAGUGCAAUGGCCAUGCUGAAAGUUGUGAUUCCAAGACUGGUGCAUGUAUCAAUUGCCGAGACUAUACUACUGGACACAAUUGUGAUCGAUGCAUUGAGACAUAUUAUGGUGAUCCUAGGAUCGGUGUGGAUAUUCCAUGUAGAGCGUGUCCUUGUCCAGGAACCAUAGAUUCUGGUCAUUCUUAUGCUGAAAGUUGCUCUUUGGAUUCUGUGACUCAUGAUGUGAUUUGCGAAUGUUUCGAUGGAUACACUGGUCCUCGUUGCGAAAGCUGUGCGGAAAAUUACUUUGGCCAUCCUGAGAUUCCCGGUGGCAGCUGUGAGUCUUGUAAUUGCAAUAACAAUACGGAUCUUCGUCUAGCUGGAAAUUGUGAUCCUCAUACUGGACGUUGCCUACAAUGUUUGUAUAAUACUGAUGGAUCAAACUGUCAGAUAUGCAAACCAGGAUUUUACGGAAACGCUCUUGAACAAGAUUGUCAGGAUUGCCAGUGUGAUGUUUUGGGUACAGAUAGAAAUGCUGGACCUUGUGAUCAUCGAACAGGGCAAUGUCCUUGCUUACCUCAUGUGAUCGGUUUACUAUGCGAUUCUUGUGAAGAAAAUCAUUGGAGAAUUGCUAGUGGUCAAGGUUGUGAUCCUUGUGAAUGCGAUGCUGUUGGAAGUGUCUCCGAUAGUUGCAAUCCAUACGAUGGUACUUGCGAAUGCAGACCAGGUUUCGGAGGAAGACGCUGUAACGAAUGUCAAACAAAUUUCUGGGGCAAUCCAAAUGUCGAAUGUUAUCCAUGCGAUUGCGAUUUAACCGGCUCUGCCAGCCAGCAGUGUGACAGAGAAACUGGGACAUGUAUUUGUCACAAAGGAAUAGGUGGCGAAAAAUGUGACCAAUGCGAUCGUGGCUACUAUGGAUAUGCACCUCAAUGCAAUCCUUGCGGCGAGUGUUUUGACAAUUGGGAUUUAACAUUAAUUGGUCUAAGAAAUAAAACAAACCUCGUGAUUGAAGAGGCAUCAAAGAUACAAAAGAUUGGAACGACUGGUGUCUAUAGUCAAGAAUUCGACGAUAUGGUCGAAUCUUUGGAUCAAGUGCAAGUAUUAAUCAGUAAUGCUUCCAUUAGAAGUCAAGAUUUAGAUGAAUUGAAUGAUUUGGCCAUAGAAUUGAACAAUAAUGUGUCUACGUCGACUAAGAAAUUAGAAGAAGUGAACAAUCUCUUAGAGAAUGUUAGUCAAAGGGUGAAUUUGGGGGAUGCUGCUCUUAAAAAUUUGAAGAACAGAACAAAUAGUUUGCAUCAAGCUGCUGCAGAUCUCAAGGAAAACGCAACGAGAUUGCAAGAAGAAAACGUACAAGGUGCUCUUAAUGUUACACAACAAAUGGCAGAACAGUCUAGGCAAGCGGAAAAAAUGGCAAACGAUACUAGUAAUGUUUUGACUGAUGCGGAAAGAUUCGUUAAACAUACCGAGAGUUUAUUAGCUAAGAAUCGAGGUUUUGUAGAAGAGGCUCAAGAAAAGAAUCAGGAAUCGUUAAAUAAAAUAAACGAAAAAUUGAAAAUAUUCAAUAGUAUUAUGCCUGAAUUAAAUUUAGAAAUGUGCGGAGAUAAUGUGACCGAUUGCAGUAGUGUGUGUGGUGGCGCUGGCUGUGGUUUUUGUGGCGGUUUAUCUUGCGAUGCGGGUGCUAUGACAAAGGCCACUCAAGCUUUGGAUGUAGCUAAAAAGCAAGCUGCUAAGAUCAAAAGUCAUAAAGAUGAGGCUGAACAAUUGCUUCGCAAUAUGAGUCAAGUGAAACGAGAUGCAACGGCUGCCAGAUCAAAUGCUCAAGAUGCUUUCAAUUACGCUUUGAAAGCUCGUAAUCUAACUGACAAUGUGAGCAAAGAUCUUUCCGAUAUAAAUAAACGAAUUCGCAGUACUCUGGAUGAAGAUCAACCGACUCCUGCUAUGGUCAGAGAUUUAGCAAAUGAAGUAUUGGCUAAGAACAUCCAAUUGAAACCCGAUGAAAUCAAAGAAUUAGCCGAUCGUAUUAAGAGUAUUGUCGGUUCCUUGACUGAUUCUGAUAAAAUCCUCGCGGAUACCAAAGACGAUCUUUACCUAGCUGAACAAUUGAAAAACCGAGCAACUAAAAUGAAAGAAGACGCAAUUGAGAAGCAAAUACUGGCUAAUGUAGUGGUAGUUUUGUUGAAUGACGCCAAAAAAGCUCAGAUUCAUGCUCAGGAAGCGAUCAAUCAAGCCGAACGUGAUGUUAGUAGAUCUGAAAAAGACUUGGAAGAGAUUGCAGAGGUGACCAGAGGUGCUCAGAUGCAGGCAAAUAGUACUACUCAGACUGUUGAUUCUUUGGAUGCCCGAUUGAAACAAUUACAAACUCAAUCGGUAAGGAAUGAUUUCGUUUUGAAUCAAGAAAUUAGUGUUGAAGCCCGUAAAAUUGCCGAGGAAGCGCAGAAUGUUGAUAUCAAAACGAAAGAGCUAGCCAUGGAAUAUAAAAAUGCAGAUGAAUUGUUGAAUUCGAGAAUGAAUAAAAGCAAUGGAAAUAUAUUGAGGGCGAAAAAGCUUCUUCAGAAGGCCUCAGAACUGACUGCUGAUACUUCAACGAAAUCUAAGGAUUUGGACGGUAUGGAGAGUGUAUAUAGAGAUAAUGAGAGGAUGUUGUCUGACUUGAUGGAUCAAGUUGACUCGUUAACUGGGGAAAUGGAAAAACAUUUGGCGGAAAUCGAACAGAAGGCGCAACGUUACAAACAGUGUACUUCUUGAGCGGAUGUAACCAAUAACUGAUUGAUGUAUAUUUUUAUGACUAACUUGGUUUUUAAAAAAUGAAUGCUUAUUGAUGUUCUCUUUUGUAUUUCGAUGCUAAAUCAAAUGAGCUAAAUUUCGUAUUGUAGAAUUUGUCUAGAUUAUUUUUCAUUUUCUUACUGAGCUUAAAAUUUUACUAUUAAUAAUUUUACAAAAAAUGUUUGAUAAAUUUUGUUUAAAUUUUUUUUU